AGAUGCACGAACUCUAUCCUCAAAAAGUUCACGACUUUAUGGUAUACAGCCAAGACACCGAGACACAAAACAAUCCAACCGCGUUUUAUUAAGCGCUGCUUCUGCUACCCUUAUCUCGUCUAAUUCCUCUUUUCCACAUACUCGAUCAAGAUGGCCCGCGGCAACCAGCGCGAAAAGGCGCGAGAGAAGAACCUCAAGGCUCAGGCUUCUCAGAAAUCAAAGAACGGCAAGAGCGGUACCGAGAUGCAGCGUGACAAGGAGGCUGUCGCCGAGAUGAUGCGCAAGAAGCAAGCUGCUGCCGAUGCGAAGAAGCAAGCUCCCGCCUCGAAGUAGGUUUUCCGGUGUGAGCCUGGUGGUAGGCAUACAUGUGUAGAUGGGUGACGGAAAUCCCUUUUCACGAUAUCACGACGUACAUAGGACGGAUUUUUCUACAACAAGAUAGGGCCCUAGGCGUGCAAUGGCGUCUGGAUUUUCUCAAAUUCGUUCUUCGACGAAUGCAAUAUCUUCAAUCUAAAACUUAUUUGACUUGGA